AUGUCGACCGAUUCGAACAAACCAUUCGUAGCCUCCACGUGCGAAAAACCUUUGAACUGUGGUCAACAAGCAUCGCCGAGGUCGAUAACUCCCGGUGUGACUUAUGACCAAGGUAGCGACACUGGCAGGACGUGCGUCGAACAACCGCCAUUCAGGCCUGCGAAGAAGACCGACUUCUCCAUCAACGGAUUGCUCUCGCCCUGCGUUCGGUCGAGUUCUAACCCGAGCUCAAAUACCGGCUCGUCCCACUAUUCGGCUACGCGAGCACCGGUCACCGGCAGAGCGGACCUCCUGGCGAGGCCUGCUGCCUUCGAGUUCGCCAGGACCUGCGACAAGGACCAGGAUCAAGUGGCGAAGUUCGAGUGGCUUCAGUGCAGCCGCUACAAACCUCCCAAGAUUCCAAUGGCAAGACGACGCGAGCUUCCACGGAGACGCUACGUGGGCCGCAAUCCCCGCAUUCCGUUCACGGGCGCCCAGGUGUCGGCGCUGGAGGCGCAGUUCGCGGUCUCCCGGUACCUGAGCGGCGCGCAGGUCAGCAGCGUCGCCACACGACUGGGGCUGACAGAGCAAAGGGUGAAAAUCUGGUUCCAGAACCGCCGUGCCCGGGAGAAGCGCGAACGCCAGCCUCCUGAUGCAAUCGAGCACCACUCCGCUGUGUUACGCUCAGCAGCCGAGACCGUUUGUCUGACACCGGCGCUGGAAUUGGAUGUGCCCUCCGAGCUUCAACCUCCGGAUCGGAAUAUCUCAUCACUCUACACUGGCGGAGUCCCGCCUUUUGUGUAUUGGCCAGCGCUGCGAGUGCCGCCACGGUGCAGUAUAAAAGAGAACGACAUGCUCACCUGACCUGCCUCGGCCAGAAGUGCUCCGUUAGCUUCGAGGAGAUCACUACAU